ACGAAUAAACCCCAGGUCGAGUUUCCCGCCUCCGGCCGCGGCGCCCGGCCCGCACCAGGCCCACCGGGCCGGACCCCCGCGGCAGCUCAGCCCCUUCCGAGCACGAGCCGCCGCGUCCCAGCCAACGGGCGGACUGGGAAACACCGGGCAGCAGCUUUAACGGGCCGGGCCGGGCCCGACCGAGCAGGACGGGGCAGGGCGCUUCGCUCCCCGGCCGCCGAACCCGGACCCGGAUCCCGCCACGGAACACCCGCACAGGGCGGGGAAGGUGCGGCCCGCCGGAUCGCUGGCCGGGUGGCGUGGGCGGCGCUGCGCCUUUAAGAGGGAGUCGAGCACCUACACGAUCAAUGGGCCGCUCUGCGGCCCCGCCCCCGCGGGGCAGCCGGCGAAUGGGCCGAUUGAAACACGCAACGUUGGCGCCGCGGAUGGGCUCGGGGCUCGGCCGGCCGCGCCUGGAGCGCGGGGGGUUUGACGGGCCGCCGCGCCGCUCCGGUAGCCGCCGUUGCCGCGGCGCCCCGCUCCGCCCAUGGCCUCCGCGCUGGAGGACCCCGUCCUGAUCCGGCCUUUCCGAGGCCACAGAGCGGCCGUCACGGGCGUCGCCUUCAACGCGGACGCCGCUGGGCUGGCUACCUCUUCUUUGGAUAGGUUUCUUAUGGUGUGGAAGCUGAAGACACAGUGCAGAGCUUACAAAUUUAUAGGCCAUGUGGAAGCUGUGACCAGUGUACAGUUCUGUCCAGAUGGGCAGCUACUCGCUUCAGCUUCUCAAGAUCGUACUGUCAGACUAUGGAUUCCUUGCAUUCAUGGAGAAUCAUCGAUACUGAAAGGUCAUACAGCAUCUGUUCGUAGCGUGAACUUCUCGCAUGAUGGCCACUUUCUAGUUUCAGCAUCCAAUGAUAAAUCAAUAAAAAUAUGGAGUGUUCACCGUCCGCGCCUUUUGUUUUCCCUAUUCCAGCAUACUCAUUGGGUUCGCUGUGCCAAAUUUUCACCUGAUGGAAGACUAAUAGCAUCUUGCAGUGAGGAUAAAUCUGUUAAGAUCUGGGAUACAAGAAAUAAAACUUGUAUUGAUAGCUUCUUAGAUUAUGGAGGAUUUGCAAAUUUUGUGGAUUUCAAUCCAAGUGGUACGUGUAUAGCUUCUGCAGGUUCCAAUCAUACAGUGAAACUGUGGGAUAUUCGAAUGAACAAGCUACUGCAGCAUUACAAAGUUCACAGAGCAGGCGUUAAUUGCGUAUCAUUCCAUCCUUCUGGUAACUAUCUCAUCACUGCUUCUACUGAUGGUACUCUUAAGAUUUUGGAUCUCUUAGAAGGAAGACUUAUUUACACUCUUCAUGGACAUAAGGGACCUGUACUUUCUGUAGCUUUUUCAAAAGGUGGUGAAAAAUUUGCCUCAGGUGGAGCAGAUGCUCAGGUAUUACUGUGGAAAACCAACUUUGAUUCAUUUGAUUAUAAAGAAGUUCUUGAACACCACAUUAGAAGAACACAUAUUGAUGAGCCUCCUCAUCUUCUUGAUAUUUACCCAAGGUCACCUCAUCUCCAUGAUGAAAAACUUCAGUCAGUUGAGGUCAACCCAACCUUUGAUGUGACUAAUACACAAACAUUUGACCCACCUGUCAUAGAGAUUAAUUCCUCUUCAUCUUUCACUAUUCCGCCCAUCAGUUUCAUCAGUAUGUUAAUUGUGUCUGUGUACUUGGGUCAACUUGGCUUUGAAAAGCAUGUGACUGAGAAGAAGCAUUUGGCCAACAUUGAGAAGACCUGGAGAUUUAAACUCUGGAUUUUAUUUGGUCUUGGUGUUACCAAACAAUAGCUCCUGGCAGCUGUACUCUGUGUGGGAAGCAGUGGGAUGGAGAUCUGAAAAGGCUGGCAAGGAGGAGGAUGUAAAACCCAAAACCUGGAGACUGCGAAGUUACAAGCAAGCGUUUUGAAUUCUUGGUUGAGAACUGAAAGAUGGUACAAGCGAGAAAACAAGAGAGUCUGAAGGAAGAGACAGUGCAAAGCAACGCUGUGAUCAGAUGUCCAGUCAAUAAGUUUAAUGUCAGUAGGAAGAUGGAGAGAGGAGGCCCUUUAGAGGGAUGUAAUUAGUUCUGUAUUAGAACUGUGAAAAGUAGAAAUGUGAAAAGCUGCAAAUGAGGUUGCCUGAUAUCCUGCCUGAGAAAAGUGUUCUGCUAUCUAUCUGACCAUGGUUUUAUGAACCAUAGACCAUGUUUAUUUGUUGCUCUUCCUAUUCGAUUUUAUGAUGGUGAGUGCAUCCUUUUGCAUUUUUUAAAAUCAAUUUGAUGCUUGCAGAUUGAUUUGCCACACUAACAUUCUCUCCCUCUCGAUCUGUUCAGCCUCUAACGAACAUCCCACACAGUCUUCCUCUCAUGUGUUCAUGACCUCGCUGACUCCAAGGUAUUUUCCAGCCUCCCAAGUACCCUGCAGCAUUUUCCCCGUCUCCUACUUGCCAGUGGCACUGAGUAGGUAUCACCUUGGCGGCCGUGCCUGCAACUCUGUGCCUGUUGAAGGGAGAAGGAGCCGCUCACCUGCUAGAUGUUUCCCCACAUGUAUUCCUCAAGUGAGGGAAGCUGUAUGCCUGGGAAAGGCAGCAAGUUAAGCAUAGUGUCAUCAGGGAGCCUAAAAGAUUUGAUUUCCUACAAAGCCCAGCUCUGCCACUGAGAGUGCUUUACCUCAAGCCAUGUCUGCUGCUUCCCAGUUUGCUUUCUCCUGAAGUCCCUGGCAUGGUGUACAAUGCCUGGCUGUAUGGCAAGAGGAGACAAGUCUUGCUUCGGAGUAUAUGGUGAGGGUUUGGGGCAGCAGCCUCAGGUAGAUGCAGGGGCAAAGAAAAAGGAAACCUGCUCAGUGAACUAGAAAUUCCCACACUCUGUUGUCAAACAUGCUUGUUCACUGGUGUGGAAAAGGGAACCUGAGGAGAAGACAAAUGAAUUUGAAUGCAUUUUAAUUGGGAUUACAGGCAUAUGGUGUGGUGCCAUUUGUUUUCCUCUUCCUGCUCUGUAGUGGGGCUCUAAUACCUUCACACAUUUGCCUUUAUUUGUCAUGUCAAAAGGGGAGACAGCAAGCAGCUUUUUCCUCCUCCCUCUUUGGGGGCCAUGCUAAAAGCUCUCACUUCACCCUGAACUUUGUCAAAGGAACAAUCAUGAUUUUUAGAAAAAGUGCAGCCAGAUUGCAAAAGCAGAUUAAACAGCUCUGACUUAUUUUUAUUAAACUUUUCAGCUGCUCCUUGGAGGACCUUUGCUAUUUUCCAGCAGCAGAAAGGGAUGGAUUCCAGGGGAGAGCAGGGACGUGAUGUCCACAGUACCACAAGCACACGAUUCACCAGCAGCUGGAUAGCUAUCUUUUAUAGUUAUGAUAGCAUAUUUAGUGUUUAGUAAAAAGCUACUUAGGGAGCUGUUUCCCUUGUUGUACAGCAGUUUGUAAGCUGUAAGAUUCAGACAUAAGCCUUUAAUUAUGCCUAGCAUCUCCGCAAAAGCAAUUUCAGUUCUCUCCCCUGCCUCAUGCAGCAUCUUGGGAUGCUCUGCAUUUGAAUGUGAACAAGCUAUUGUUUAACAUGGCUUUAAAUCAUUACAGAAAUGUUCUGUAGCAUCCACUGGGAAAGCCUGCUCCCAUCUGCCCUGUGCAUUUCUCACAGUCUCUUUGGGAACCAGGGCCAGUAAUCACAGAAGUUUUGUUUAAAGGUUAAGCACAGAGUAGCAUUAUCUUCACACACUGUGCAAGCUAACAACAGGUGAAGGUGUCGCUCAGAAACAUUUAUAGAGGAAUGCAAAGAUUAAGAUUAAACAUCUUUCCCGGUCUUCACAUAAGCAUCUUUCCAUUUAUUUUCCAAAUGUGUAUAUGACACAUUAUAAGACUUGCAGGGGACUUAGAAGCUAAUGCCCACUUAAAAUAAAAUGUCUCUAGCACAGCUGAAGCCAGUCUUUUGCCUCCCUCGACACAAGCCCUCUGUGGUAGACUUCGGUCAGCUCAGCACCAUGGCAUCCCAGCCUUACCCUAACUCUAAGUCUGUAGCUCCUGAAUAAAAGUUGAGAGGUUUUUUUUCUUCUGAGAAAUGUGUAUGUUUUAUUAUGGCUUAGACUUGCAGAAAAAGCAUGAAACAUUGCCUAAUGUUAUUCAGUAUGUCCUAUAUUUGAUGCUCCUUUUGUCCCAGAGUUUCUGUUUCAAAUAAUGAUGAAAAAAGUUCUAUUAAAUUUACAUCAAAGGAAAGUUGGGGAAGCAGAAACAUGAAUAACAAACACAUGCAUAAUAUGAUUCUGAACAAAGAAGCCUGUGCUGUCAGUGUGGCGAUAGGCCGCGUGGGAACACAUGUAUGUCAUUGCAGCAUAUUGCAAACACAUGUGGGGGUCAUCCAGAUAUGUUUGGGGGCAGCUGAGAUCCCUGUUUGAAGGUAAAUUUGAUAGACUCUGGUUUGCACUCUGGCAAUGACCGCACUUUACGUCUUUAUAGAGUGGUUACCACAAUCCUGUAUGUGUUAUCCCGCACAGGCUUCCACAUACAGAUGUGCCAAAGGAAGAGUGUAAAGAAUAUGUAAAUAGCCAGUGUAAAGAUUCACUGAAAAAGAAAUCACAGACGAAAAUGACAUUCUGAAAGUAGUUCACACACAUCUUUAAAAUGAAUGGGAAAAAAAAAAUCAUUAAAUUGUAAUGAAUUUCACCCACCCAGACAGAGCUCCAAAACAGUUCAGCACUUUUACUUCUGCAGCAGCUUGCAAUUUUACCGUCUGUUCCAGUGAAAUGCAGAGCAUGCCAAGGGGCCAUGGCUCUGCAUGGAAGUGAGGAUGUGUUCGCCCAGAGCAACUGAAAGGCCCUGGAUUCAGGUUCUUAGUUCAGAGCUCUUCCACAGGAGCUGAGGACAUGCUAGUAUUUUACAAAGGAGAUUCUGACUGUUUGUUCUGGAAGUGAUUUAGCAUUUUAUACUUACGCAGAAAUAGGUAUGCUUGAUGUUUGCUAGUAAUACUGUUUUGGUUGGUUUCAUCAGGUAUUUGGAAUCUUGACCAGACACUGUCUAUGACUGUGAACACAUUUCUGUUUUCCUUUACUAGCAGCUCUGGCCCCUGUUCUGCGUUGUGUCACGCCCAAACUGAGGCAGCACCCCACUGACUGCCUGUUCUUUAUCUGAUUUUUCUGAAUGUUCAGCACCCAUAACAUUGCAGCAGACUUUCAGAAGCGGACAGCCAUCAGCUAUGGUAAUUAGAGUUGGGGUCAAGUUCUCAAAAGCACUUGGCAUACUGCCCCAAGUCUGGUCCCAGGCACGGAUACAUACUGCUUUCCUGUAGGAAUCGCAGCUCUGAUUCUGGGAGUCACCCAAUUCUGUGCCCCACAGAGGAGUCCUGGCUGGGAGGUGGGUGGUCAGGAUGAAGGUGGCAGGUAAGUGCCUGUCACACGUGGUGAUGCUGGCUUGUGAUGCUUGCAGUGCCAAAGAAGGAGAGAAAAAAUGACAAUUCAGCUAUUACAAAAUGAUAGUUAUGAACAGGAGGAAUCCAUAAAUACAAUAUGCAUUUUAUGCUAAUAAAAUCAGGUGGCUGACCCACUGCAUGCAGGGAUUGAUGUGAAAAUAGCCACUUAAGUUUUGGCACACUAUAGCUGAAAAUACUAGAGCAGGUCUUUAAACCUUGGGCCCCUACAUUACUUUUAAUGGAUCUCCAAAAGGUACCUAAGGAAAUCCAAGAUUUAUAUUUGUUAUGCUAGGAUCUUAAAUUUCUAUCUACAUUAUCACUGAAAGAUGCUUAGAGCUGCACAAAUUCAAAACAGUUGAAAAAAACCCACUGGAAUAGAAUUACAAUCAAACUUAAAAUAGUUGUAUUCAAGACAGUAACCACUAAAGUCAGUUGUAGCAGUAGGCUUCUUGAAUUUCUGCCUCAGCAAAGGCAGAGCCAAGGGUGAAAUAAGAUGGAUGAGACCACUGAACGUAGGAUUAGAGUUAUCCAAGUGCCUGCUGGCUCUUCCAAUUGACCCUUGAAAACUAUCCUACCUGUUCUGGGAGCAGAGUAAAUGAAGGCAGUUUACCAGUUUUUAGACUAAUCCAAACAAAUGUUAAAGAGACAAACAAACAAGGGACAAACAAACAAAGGAAAAGUCCCCAAGCCAAAACCAAACAAGAAACCAAAGACCCUUGCCAGUCCCUGGAGGUAGGCAAGGUCACUGCCUGGGAUUGCUCUCGCGACUCACAGGCAGGCAAAGCUGCUCCAGCUCAGACAUGACGCAGGAAGCCAUGACAACAUGGUGAUGCGACGCUGCUGGCACAUGGGGCUUGGCUUGAGGAUGAGCUCUCACUCCCCAGCCGUAUCCCAGUGCCCUGCUAGCACAGCUCAGACUGCCAUCCCCCAGCCUUACAGUGAGUAAAAGUGCUCACAGUGUGCCUGAAUGCUUGUACAAUGUCCCACCACAUGCACAGACAGUUGCUGAAGCCCUGCCCUGCCAAGGUCGGUGGGAAUUUUUGUUAUUGACUUUUGUGCAGGCAGGAUUUCCCCCAUGGACACACACCUCCUCCCGGAUGCAUGGGCAUGUGAGUGUGUGUGUAUAUGUAUAUGCUUUACAGUACUAAGUACUUACAGGAAGGCAUCUUCUCUCUUCAAAUGUUUUUCCUCAACUUUGUAUUGCGUGAAGUCAGACCCUCGCUGUCACAGCGGCAGUUUCUCACAGCUUAAUGGAGUUAAAGAGCCCUUCUUGCUCCUGACUGCUGCAAUAACAAUCAGGCUGGGAGGAAGGGGAAAUGAGCAGUGCAGCACACGCUGUACCUUCCAGCCACCAGCUAUUGUUAAGAGCACGUUGCUCCAGACAGAGUGGCAGCAAGGCAUGGGGUGGGAAACAGGUGUAACCUGCCAGGAACACCACUCUAGCAAAGUCAGUUUUUAAUUCAGAGGAGUACCCCUACUUCUCAGCUGCCUCUUCCCACCAAAUUGAAACAGGUUGUACACUCCUGUUGCUCAGCACUUGAAAGCAUAACAAACGCCUUUACAGCAAACCAAGAGCUCAUUUUCUUAUGCCAGCACUUUGGUCAUUCAUCUACAAAGUCACUAAUCUUUUUUUCUUCAACUCCCUAUCACAGCAUAGCAUUUCACAUGCAACAGUUUGCUCUCAGGUGGUACGUUUCCAUGUGCUUUGCUAUAGUUUGGGUUCUUUACAAAAGAUUCUGCAAUCUCUCCUCCUUGCUUGCCCUGUUUGUCCAGCUUGGGUUUCUUCUACUCUCUUCAGAAAGUCCCACCAGCAAAAGCUGCCUAGGCUGUGGUAGCACCCAUGGAGUACUUUGCUCAAGCUAUGUCUACACAGGUGUAUAGCCUGGCACUACUGGCCGGGUUUGGACUGCUGCUGGGUGGCCCAAGCCCAGUCCAGUUACCUCACCCCCUAAAUUCAACUGCGGUGUGUUGUUGAAGACUGGCUGCCCUUGCUGAGUUCCUGCGCUGUUCUCAGACACCCUCUAGGAUGGUUUAUAAACAUCAGCAUGGCGGUCCUUGCCAGAGUGCAUGAAGCCAACAACCCACAUGUUCAAACCUCUUCUUUGUUUUAGUGCAGGAGUUACUGUCCUGCAGUGCAAUAUUAAAGCCUGUUUGUGGUCAGGUUUAGUUCACUGUAGAUCUGCAGCCUUCAUUGAUGCCUGGUUUUCAGGUACCUGCCUCUGCUGAGCACUCACACAUUGUGCAAUGCAAUAUAAAUGAGCAUGUUCAGCCCAGCUGCCACACCAUAAACAAGCAUGAUGAAAGAACAUCACAUCUAUGCCUGCUACUACCCAUCAGGGCAUUAUCUCUGCUCCUUUUCCUCCACUGAGGCCUGCAGAUGAAGUACAGCCUUGUAUACACCCCACUCGUGAAAUGCCUUCCCUGGCUGGCUGUUCCCUGUCUAGGAUUAUCCACCAGCUGGGACUAUCCACCAGCUGUAGGACACAGCUGCUUGGCAAGGGAGUCAGUGGACCAUGAGAAGGUCUGGCAUCUUCUAUCCCUUACUAAGCAUUUUCUCCACUUGUCCCUUAUCUUUCUUUUCUGCUUAUAGUUACUGGUUCUUUUUUACCACGGGAUCAUUUUGGGGAAAGAGAAUCCACCCCCGCCUCCUCUUCCUCCUCAUGCAGCAGCUCUAGACUGCUCUUGGUGGACUCUGCUUGGUUUCUUCAGGAGAUAGCUCAACAACUUGCCAAAGCCCCACAUAUCUCCCCCAGCAGCUUGUCUCUGUCUUCCUCCCCUUCCGCAGCUGCUCUUGCAACACGCACGGGUGAUACUGCCCUGUUUCUGGUAGCUUGGCUUAUUUGGCUCAGCUGGAAUGAUGCUGAAAAACAAUGGGAAAAAACCCUCAGAAAUGCUUUCCCCCAAGGAAAAUUCUCCUCUUUAAAUAGCCCCUUGGCAUUUGCAAGGAAAAAUACGAUUUUUAUCUCAUUAACAUGAUUCCCCAGUCAUCUGCACUUCUGGGCUCUGUAGCUAUUUUAUGUUCGUCCCCAAUAUAUGCAAUUUAACCUGGAGUUAUGAUGUAUAGACUCAGACUACGAGAAAAGGACUAGAGACUCUGUGUUAGUAAUCAAGUUUGGCUUUAU